UUGGUUCUUCAGAACGGAUGGCCGCCUAAACAUUUCCUAGUCCGAAAUGCUGAAUCUUCCGCUUCCAUUCUUCGACAUGCGCCAAGCUCGAAACCUAGAUCUCGCUUUCUCUGGCAUGGAAUGAACCAUAAGGUCAUUGAAAUUCAUGAACACAGAGUUUCAAAAUAUUCUCAUCUUUUAUGCUGUAAUAUACGUAUUUUUAAUCUCGAAACAUGGAGUUCACUUUUCAAGCUUCAAGGAACAACUCCAGUAUCUUCGAUCAUUUCUCAAGGCUGCGUAAGCCGAGAUCCGCUGGAUUUUUCUCCUCUGGAGAAAACCCUAAACUAAUUCAGGAUCCCGAAAAUGAGAGCUCUGAAGAUGGAGGCGUUGGUUGCUUUGAUGAUAGCCGAGAUCGUAAAAUCCAUCCCCAUCCUUUGAAAUAUGUCCACUUUGCAGGUCCAGAAGAUUCCGAAGAAGUCAUUCUUUCAAAGCUUUUUGAUUCCGUCUCUGCUCUCAAAUCUGCUUAUGUUCAGCUUCAGCAAGCUCACAUCCCCUACGAGUCCCAAAAAAUCCGAGCUGCAUAUCAGCUUGUAGAAUCUGAACUACACUCGAUUUCCGAACUGGAGAGUUCUUAUACAGAAUUUCACGGAAACAGGACAGCAGCUUUGCCAUCUCUCCAUGCGGAGCUUGAGGAACAAAAGAAGCUUGAACAGUUACAGAAAUGUGCAUCGAUGGCCAAGGAUUCUGAUAUACAAAAGCUGAGGUCAAAGAUUAAGUUGGUGAUUCAAAGAAAUGAAGAGCUGGAAAAUUUGAUCAGCAAGACACAUUUGCCUGAUGUGGAACUGUUUCGAACCAACCAGGAUUGGACGCCUCAAUUGUUUUCCAAAGUCUUCAUGUUGGCAUCUAAAUCAAUUCAUGAUUUCACAAAGCUGCUGAUUCACUUAAUGAAGGCAUCUGGAUGGGAUCUCGAUCUAGCCGCUAAUGCUAUCUUCAACUCAAUCUCCUAUGCGGAAAGAUCUCACAAGAAAUUUGCGUUCGAGGCUUUUCUCUCCCAGAAAAUGCUCACCUGCACGCUUGAUGAAUGCUUCAAUCCGUAUAACUUCGAAAAGAUUAUGCGCUUUGCAGACCCCUUUGAAGCUCUGAUGCAAGAACCAGAUUCUGGAUUCGGGAGGUUUUGUCGAUCCAGGUAUUUAGAGGCAGUUCCUUUGAAGUUGGAGGCCUCAUUCUUUGAGAAUUUGGAUCAGAGAUCUUUCGUGCUAAGUGGUUGGCAUCCAAGAACGCCGUUUUAUGAAGGGUUUGUGAAAAUGGCGAGAAGGGUUUGGGCUCUACAGAUUAUUGCACAUUCCUUCAUUCCAAAAGCUGAGAUCUUCUUUUGCGAGAGAGGGACAAAGUUUUCUAAAAGGUAUAUGGAAAGUGUGGUCAACAUAAGUCAUCAGGUAUAGCAGGUAGAAAAAAUGGAAUGAAUUUGGACUGAUUUGGAGGGAAAUUGAACCAAAUGGAGCAAAAGCGUUGAUUAUGGCCUAGCGCAUA